AUCCUCUUACCGCCAUCUUAGAGUGUUGUUCACACAACGUGCUGCUUAGGACUCUCUCGAAUGGUUCGAUAUUUUUCCCGUAAUUCUCAAUACUAACUGAUUUAUUCUUAUUCGUAGUGUGCAGCAGUAGGGUUCGUGAUUCAGGAUGAGUUACGGCAGGCCUCCGCCCGACGUAGAGGGCAUGACAUCUUUAAAAGUCGACAAUCUGACGUACCGAACGUCUCCCGAAACGCUGCGGCGUGUUUUCGAGAAGUACGGCCGAGUCGGAGACGUCUACAUCCCGAGAGACCGGUACACGAAGGAGAGUCGUGGGUUUGCCUUCGUCCGUUUUCACGAUAAACGGGAUGCGGAAGACGCGAUGGACGCCAUGGACGGUGCACUUCUGGACGGGCGCGAGUUGCGCGUGCAAAUGGCGCGAUACGGGCGCCCGCCAGACUCGCACUACAGUCGCCGCGGAGCCCCGCCGAGAAGAUCUGGGGGAUACGGGCGAAGAAGCCGCAGCCGUAGUCCUCGUCGCAGGAGGCACAGCAGAUCCAGAAGCAGGAGUCGAUCCCGCAGCAGAUCCCGCUACAGCCGGUCUAGAUCCAGGUCCGACUCCCGGUCUCGCUCCAAAUCCCAUACACCCCACAGGAGCAAGACCAAAUCGCCUUCCCGGUCCCGCUCAAGGUCCAAAUCCAAGUCUCGCUCCAGGAGUCACACUCCCAGAUCAAACAAAGGAUCCAAAUCGAGAUCUAGAUCAAGAAGCAUACCCAAAUCUCCAGCAGGUGAUGGAGCUGUUGCUGAAUCGUGAAAUGUAGCUGCUGAUUCCUGUUUGCAAAAGAGGAGUUUGGGGCAGUUUGAGAGCAGUUAGUGUGUGAUCCGACCAUUGGCUGCCUGCUGCUGAUUGGCGGUUGCUAUGGAGCAGGUCGGUCUCAUUGAGUGUUGAGGUGGUGUUGAGGUACGUCUGAAGGACAAUGGACUGAGACCUUUCCUUGUCACAAGCUCAUGUCUGUCGUGGCAUAGGCAAAAGCGAGAGUGGAUAUGGGGUGUGUUCUCUGAGCUAGUUUAAGCAGCUUGGUGUGCUUUUAUAGGCCUAAAUGUAAGUUAUUAAAUUACAUAAAGGCCAAAUACUGCUCUAACUGGCAGUAAAUGGGUUAUACCUUAGCUUGCUGACACUUAAAGUGGCUUUGAGAAGUAUGUAUUCCACCCCCAGGUUUGGCUUUUUUCCUUUCGGUUUCUUGAAGAACAAAAUGGGGGGUACAUGAGUUAACGCAAUACCAUAAAUAAAGCAAAUUCACGUUGAUUUUAAAUGUUUUUUUUUUUUUUAUAAAUUACCUAACCAAUGACCACGAUCCGAGUAUGGCAUACAUAGAGCCAAUGCCUUGUUUUAUGGAAACAUGCAAGCAAAAUGUGGCUUGUAUAGUUUCGCUUGUUUAGGAUUCUCUGCUCUAAAGCUCUUUGAAACUAACUGCUUUUUUUUUUUUCUUUUUUCUAGAUGUCAAGUGUUCGGAACUUAAAGGAUCGCAUCGAAUGGAGAUGUCCGUCUAAGGAUACCCAAAUUAUCCAUAUAUCAGACCAAAGGUUAUUGUAACUUGGUCAAAAUUUUUAAAUGAUUGUUUAUUUUCUGUUGCCCAAAAUUGCUUUGUAUCACACUUUGAAUUCCACGUGAUAUUAAAAUCUUUAUGCUUAAUUGGAGCUACAAGGUGAAAUUUCUCUUCAUUUUUGGUAGUGUUUCCAUUUGUUUAUUACCGCAUGUUAUUGAAACUCCCAGACUAUAAAGUAAGUUCAUCUUAAUCACAAUUUAUAAAAAAAAAAAAAAUUUCUUCCUCUUAAUAAACAUCAUUAAUGGAAAAUGUUGGAUGUUGUGCAUAUAAUUUCUUUGACCUUAUUAGAUGCGACUGGCUGGGUCAUGGCCUUCAAAAUACAAAAUCAUGCUUUUGUAAAAAUGUCAUUAUGAACCGUUGCUAACCAAGCAGGUGUUUAUGGUUAAAAUUAAAAAAUAUUACAGCAACAUGAUUCUAAUAUUCUUUCUUGUGUAUUUCUUAUGCACUAGGCGCAGUUGCGUAGCAGUUGUGUUUUGCUGGUUAGCUGUUAAGGUGGCGUGUUGCAGUGCAGAGUGCUUGGCUGUUUCCAGUAUUCUCCUGAUUGCUCCUAUGUAAUGUCUUAAUUUGAGAUAAUAAGAUUGGCUGCAGCAUGUUUGUUCUUUACGCAGAAAGAUCCUGUGCAAGUCCUUCUGUGGAUGCCCACUAUAAUGCCAAUUUCUGAGCCCAUUUUAUAUCUUGGGAAGUAGAUAAAGAUAUCAUUUUGGUAGGCGUUAUUGUCUGUGAAAUACAC